AUGCCCGUGGUUGCCGUGCCAGUGCCCUGUAUACCCAUCUUCACAUCCCUCGGAUUGCUUCCUCGUUUCUCUCUUCCUCAUUUCUCGGAUUUCUCUCUUCCCUGGUCUCAAUCAACCAACCAUUCUCGCAUGCCUCUUCUUCCUCUCCCUCUUCUGUAUCCUUCUCUUCCACCUCACCUUCCCCUUCUGCUCCCCUUCACGUUGACUCCUCAUUCUUCUCCACUGCCAGCCCAUGCAUUGAGGCGAUCCCUACCCAUCCUUCUCCCGGCACUUGCACUUGCACCUCCUUCCCGCAGAGACCUCUCUCACAACUACCUCACAGGCCGCGCACUGAAGCCCCUUGCUGCGCGAACCCUAUAUCUCUCCAGCAACUUCCUCUCGGGCCCUCUACCCGACGGGGCAUGCCAGCCUCGCUCUUUUGAUGCCAACUGCUUCACGUUGCCGCUUGGCUGUGCCUUGGUGCCCCAGCGACAGGAGGCAGCAUGCAAUCCAUUCUGUGGCGUCUCCUCUGCUGCUGGUGCUACUGCUGCUGCUGCGUGUGGAGGACAUGGGGUGUGCUAUCCAGAGGGGGAUAGCUUGGCACCCACAUGUCUGUGUGAUGCAGGAUUCGUGCAAUUUGGAGGGAUCACCUGUGUUGCUCAAGGCCAGAACAAAAACUACUCAAGCAGUCAGGCGGUUCUCCCACCAGCAUCUAUACUCACCAGGGGGGGGCAGCGCGAGACGAAGGGGAACUUCACCGCAGAGCCGGUGAAGUUGUUUGUGUACGAGGCACAUCAGGGACUUUCGCGGUGUGGGCUGCAGCUCGCCUUUCACGCCAACUUAACCUUCUCCCUCUCGCCUCGAUAUGGCCGCGUGGGCUUCAACGGCUUAGCAUUUGUCAUCUCGGCAACGGACCAGGUGGGGAGUGGCGCUGGUGUGGGGUAUGGUGGAAUGGACACACGGAGCAUGGCGGUGGAGUUUGACACUCUGCGGAACAAGGAGCAUGGCGACAUGAGCAGCCAGCAUGUGGGGCUGAACGUUCGAGGCGAGGACAAAUCGCUAGUCGCUGUGAGGUCGCCCUUCCCUCUGAGCAACAGGAAGGCGUACACGGCGUGGGUGGACUAUGAGCCAGGAGACCCCGGUACCAUCCAGGUCUUCCUGGCUGACUCGCAGGAGAAGCCGCAGCAGGCGGUGCUGGAGUGGAGGCUGGCGCUGUGUGAGGUGCUGCAGGGUGCAGUUGAUCAGCCCGCCUUCUUCUUUGGCUUCGUGGCGUCCACCACUGUGAAGCCGUUUCAGCGGCACGUCAUUCUUGAAUCGACAGUGGAUACAGGCCUUUCUGCUUCUCCCCGAACAGUCACACGUAAUCCAGGUGCUUGUUGGGCGUUUGCACUGGUGGCGAGUGUGGAAGCGGCAUACGGCAUUGCCUUGAAUGCAGAGGCGCCGCAGCUGUCAGUGGAGUCACUCUUUGCAGCCAUGGGGCUCACCUCCGAAGCUGACAAGUGCAGCACGGGGGGCUCCCCCACCGAGGCGUUGGAAAGGCUUCUCAUGCUGCCUCGCGGUGGAGUCACAGAGGUUGGAGCGCCUGAUCCUGGCUGCUAUACCGGCAGACUGGACCACGUUGUACUCGUUAUUGGAUACUUCAUCUUGAGAAAUGACGGCAGCCAAAAUCGCAUAGCACCUCCAUUUUGGAUCAUCCGCAACUCGUGGGGAGUGGAGUGGGGUGACUGGGGCCACAUGCGCAUGGACAUUCAGGGAGGGGAUGGCGUGUGUGGCAUCAACGUGCUGCCUGGCAUCUACCCCAUUGUCAAGAUGGACGUGUGUGGGUCUGACUUGAAGAACCCAUGCUACGUGGGCGCAUGCAUCAACGACGGCAAGGGCUCCUACUCCUGCAUCUGCCCACCCAACUACGUUGAAAGCACAACAAUUGACAGCUUCCCCACCUGCGACCCAGCCAACGUCACAGCCAGCACCCUCGCCGUGAGUGGGAGCAACUGGUGGUGCCCCGAUGUCCUCUCUAUUGUGGGCCUCUCACUUCCCCAAUUCACACAGCAGAAUAAGGUAACCAAUGGAGAUGGGGGGGUUGGACGAGUGGAUAGGCAGGCAGGGCUUGUGGGCAUUGACUGCAAUCAGGCUUUGCCUCGUGACAUGGUGCUUCAGCUGGGAAAUCCUGUCCUCGUUCCCUGCACUGCGUUCUUCUACACCCUCAGUGGCGACACAUGCUGGUCCAUCAGCGCCCAACUGUUACUCAGCACCAGCAACCUCACGGCACUCAAUCCCGGCCUUGACUGCUCUGAGCCCAUCAAGGCGGGCCGCUCUCUGUGCGUCGAGCGCAACGCCACCUUCGCCUUCACUGUGCCUCGGUGCCUACGUUGCGGCGUGCUUACAGCACAGGACACGUGUGAACGCCUGCUGCUGGAGGCGGGGAGUGAGGACGACCCAACGGGGGCUGGGAAGGUGAACGCUGUGCGCUGGGCUGAGCUGUACCGCAACAAUCUCGGCCUCAUCUGCUCGAGUGUCAUCCCGGUCUCCGCAUCUGCUAUUGGCAGCAACACUGGCGUGCAGGUGAGAGGUGGAGGUGAACUGGGUUGGGGGCGCAAGAGAUGGGAGGGAAAUGGAGGGAAGAUUGGUGGAUGGACCAAACGAACACUUGAUGGAUGUGGGGGCAAGGAGUCAUUUCUCAUAUGCCAGAGUGGUGUUUUUUCCAACUAUUUGCCCUUGAUUGCCUGUUGA